ACCAUAGCAACCACCAGGGGUCAGUAUCAGCGCAAACAAAGAUAAACAUCAAGGGUGCGUUUGUAAAUGAACUUUGGCUGGCUAUUUAGUGUGUGUUCGUAAAUUCAAUCUGGAGUGCCAGUGUGCGCUCAGACUGUGUUCUGGGCGUUCAUAAAUUUGUUUCGCUCUCGGAGCGCACACUGGACUCGGGUGCUUGACUGCUAACAGGCUAAAGUUGGCUAGAUUGCUAGCUACUUCCAGACACAUGAAAGAACACCUCACUCACCAUAGCAGAGCAGAUUAGGCUUUUUAGAUGUCAUCUAGAGCGUUUGUGACUGCUGCUGGUAACAAUUUCAUAGUUUUUUGCCAACGUCUACUAACCGGUAAUAUUCAAUGGGUGUUGCGCGUUCGUAAAUUCAUCAGUUAUUCAGUGCUCUGGCACAAACGAGUGCUCUGAAAUUGGAGUAGAUAGCCAGAGUGCAUUUACGAACGCACCCCUACUCAGAUUUCAGUGCACUCUAGUUUGAGUGUAUCAGAGCGCAGAAUAACUAGCUAAUGAAUUUAUGAACGCACAACACCUGUUGAAUACUACAGGUAUCAGGAAAUGUCGGCAAAAAAACGUUAUUAAAUUGUUGCCAGCAGCACAGUUACAGUCACCAACUCUCUAGAUGACAUGAGCCUAGCCUGCCCUGCUUGGGCGAUUUAAACGGUAAACGGUCAGUGAGGCGUUCUCUCAUUUAUGUCUGGAAGUAGCUAGCCAACUCUAGCCAGUUAGCUUGGGUGCUCUACUGCCGUUGUGAGUUCAGAAAGCUCGGAUCAACCCUACUCCUCGGCCAGAGCGUCAACUGCCCUCUGAAUUUACGAACGGACAAUCUGACACAGUUCUAAAUUUACGAACGCACAGAGCGCACUCUAGAGCGAAGUUGAUCGCGAGGCAGCGGCAGCAGCUCACGUAUCCAUGACUACCCGGAUGGUGCAACUCGCUCAGCCCAAACCCAACCUGCUCCGAUUCCCUGACCGACGGUCAGUCUACUGGCUAGAUGAACUCCCACCUGAAAGAAAUGGCUCCACCACCACAUUUGAGUUGACGCCCCACUGGUCCCAGCUGUGUGGUAGGAAGCGGCUUAAUUCUGGGUUCGAACAGAGCAGAUCAUCUCCCCAAUGGGAGGUCAGUGUAGCAGCUCUGAGUGCCUAUCCAUCCAAUAGAGUUUGUUCUCUGGCUUUGCCCCGCCUCCCCACCGCAGGCUGGGCAUCUGACCGCCCCCUACUGGCCUCCCUGAGCAGAGCGGUGCAGACUGCAGUAGCCAGUCCUAGGGUCUGCCAGUUGGCCUCUCCCAAGCGGAGGCAGGGUCUCUAUUCGCCCCAUUCAUCCAAGACCUCACUGGCACCCCCCCACCCAGCUGCAACCUCCUCCCGACUACAGUUCCUUGCCAUCCCUAAGUCUGACCACCCCCAGUAUGCCCAGGACCGUCCAGUCAUCUGGCCAGUGCCUGGGCCAGUGAAAAAGGCAGUAGCCAGUGAGAGGGUGCAGGCCCUUUCACGGCCCAAUCAGCGGAAGGCGCUGUUCCAAGGCUACAACCCGUACACGGUUACCCUAGCUGCACGCUCCGCUAGCGCCUCGCCGCGCCUGCAGGAGCUUUGUCUGCCCCUGCCACGGAAAUGCAAGGGCAAAUAGACGAAUGCGUCUCAUCUCACAGCGCUGCAGUACCUCUGGCCGCCUCUUCUUCAGAUAUUCUUGUCUCCUAUCCCUGAUCACCACUGCUCCAUAAUAAAGACCAUCUACGACAUCAUUGAGACAUGUUGCUGGGUCUUUGUUCUGGUCCAACGGGACCGCUGGCUUUAGAAGGUGGAUUGUUUAGUGCUGUGAUGUUCAACAGCGGGCUGUUCAUUCAACUGAACUGAAGUGACUUUUACUAUCACCAAAGGGGAGUUGUCACGGACCUGGAACAUUCCAACGCACAUUACAGACAUAAAGUGAAAACCACCUGAAUGUAAAAGUGUACCUUAUAUCUUUUAGUGUGCAAUUGUAGUAGGUGACAGAUGUAGGAAACCUGAAAAAGGAUGUAAUAAUGAAUAUUCCCUCUACUGCACAUCGUUGCACUCAGGCUAUUCACAACCUCCCAUGUGAAUUGUUUUAAAUUCAACAAUCCAAUGAGGUGGCGCAUCAUUGGCACAGUGGGUAAAAAAGAAAUGUAUCUUGCUCACAUGUGUUUUUGUUGUUUCCUGGAAGAAGUUCCCUGCCCAAAUUGAUACAUCAUGUUCUCUCUCUACCUCACCUGCUGUCUCUAACUCUGAAUGGUCGGCUAUGAAAAGCCAACUGACAUUUACUCCUGAGGUGCUGGCUUGUUGCACCCUCUACAACCACUGUGAUUAUUAUUAUUUGACCCUGCUGGUCAUCUAUGAACGUUUGAACAUCUUGCCAAUGUACUGUUAUAAUCUCCA